AUGAGGAAAGACGACCGUGACACCGGCAAGCAACCCGGCCUUUACGAUACCGAUAAGAUUCGUCAAAGAGUGCAGAGAUGGCAGGCCGACAGUGCUGGAGCCGCAGUUGCGAAAGAUGAACAAAACUUAAUAACGGUUGAAUAUGAUGAUGAUGCAGACGAGAAGAAACGAGCCAAAAGACCAACCAAGAGCUCGCCGGACAAGCAUAGAACCGAGACAGACAAAAGAAGCAGGCAAGCAUCUCCAACCAAAUCGCCAAGGGCUCCUCGAGAAUUGGAUCCGGAUCGACAAGCAUGGAUCCGUAAGAAGAGCGCUCAACGGAAUGACUUGGAUACCGAUGUCAAACAUGCUGGUGCACCCUUGAAGCGCGUAGUCAGUGAUGCUCACUGGCGCAAGGACCGUUCGCCUACAAAGACGCCUGAAAAUGCACCCAAGUCAGAGCCAAGACCGUACACAAUCAAAAGAACUACGAUAUACAAGAGUGAUGACUCUCCAAAGCCAAAGAAGGAUGACGAUGGCAUCAGAGUCAGGCCCAUGCCAGAGGACGACGGGAUUCGAAUUAUACCGAUAGAUGACUCUCCUCCCGCGCAGCCUAAACCGCGUAAGAACAAGAGUGAUGGUGAUCGGCCAGGCAGCUCAGGAACAACAGGUCAGCGUACUCCAGAACAUCGUCUCGACUCAAGAAGCGCAGAGGUACCCGCAAGGGAGAAGAAGGACAGAAGGAGCGCUCGCGAAGUAAGUCGCGACAACUCGGAUCGUAGACGGAGGUUACGUCGCCGCCAUGCUUCGCCAGCAGCUUCCGAAGCAGAGACAGAGGAUAGGUCAAUCGCACAGACUCUGGAUCCGGACGACAGUAUCAGUGCUCGAAAUGCUCACUCUCGGAAACCACGGGGAGUGUCAUCAACUGUACACGAAACUAGAAAAGACAUACCUGCUGGUCGUUCUAAAGCACUUGGCACUGACAAGACGUCCACACCAAAUUCGAAUACUACAACAACCCCAACGUACGGAAAUCGCAUCGAGGCAUGGCUUGGAGGAACUCCUGAUCCCUUUAUCGCCGACGAAGCUCAGCAACAGGAAGACGGGCACAAAGAAGCUGCAGAAUCUCAAGUCCAAUCCAAGCGACGAUCAAAUACGGAUGGAAUAGGCAAACGAGACAUCUCUGUCGUGGACGACGAAAGGUCCACUGGCUCAUCGAGGUCUUCUCCUGGCGAACCAAGUUCGAAGUCGAGAGAAACUUUGGAGACCAUCGCUGAGUCUAGAUCAUCAAGUUUUGGGGACGGAAAUUCUUCUUAUGCUACAUCGUCCGUACCGUCUGAUGUCCAACUUCCCGAUGUCCAAACCAGCAAACACAUGCCUGGAGCGAACCUUCGAAGGCGAUUUCCUACCACAGGAAAGAGACUGUCAACCAUCGCUUCGGCAGAGACACUGCAAGAGUCUGCAGCCCCAUCUGAAAUUUCUGAGCAAGAUACUAUCGUGCCCGAGCGUACAGGAUCUUUGAGUAGCGCGAACGGACUCAAGCGGAGAUUAACUCGUCACGAGGACCUAAUGUCUGUGUUGUCGCUACCUAUAGCUGAUGCUAAGAGCAUUGUUUCAGCACGUAGCAUACGGACCAAUCGAACGAGGCUCGAGAAAGCCACCCUUCAAGAUCUCUGGAACGAGUUCACGGCUGACGAAGCAAAAUAUCAGCGAGAGCUUCGCACAUUGGUGGAUGGAGUAAUCCCGGUGCUCCUGUCAUGUGUACUUUCCAAGUCAGACUCAGCAAUCGCUGUCGGUCUAUUUGGACAUUCUGCUGCGGAUGAUGUGGUUACAACCAAGCCUAUCGUCGAUAUGGGCGUUGCGUUAGAGCGCCUGAAAGCACACCAUCGUCGAGUUCCCAAUAGCGACAACAACGCACUGCUAUCCUGGGCACAAGGAGCGACCCGAAUCUACCAUGAUUACCUGAAGGCGUGGAGGAUGGGAUUCCAAGAUGUCGUAGUAAAUCUUGCACCUGCAGAUGCCAAUACCAGCACCAGAUGGGAUGAUGGGUUGCUGAGGAAUGAGGAUGGUGAUCUGAUCAAUGGUGACGGCGAAAGAGUUGAUGUUGCUUUCUUGCUAAAGAGACCUCUGGUCCGCUUGAAAUAUCUUGCCAAAACUUUCAAGGUAUGUAUAGGCACCAUUUCAAAUCUUUCGAUUACUCAGGAUUGUGGCGCUGACAAAUCANNGGGUAUCAACAUUCUAGCACCAACAGCCUUAGCGAGUUCUCUAGCCGAGAAGUAUCAAGAGUUGGUCACCGAAGCCCGCAGAAGAUCCAACGAAGAGCGAGUUCGGUUGGAGGACGAGGCGGCUGCAGCUAUCGACCCAACCCGUGCGAGAGAUCCUCAAAGCCUCGCCCUGCUUAAGGGAGUCAGCAUUGACACGACGCGAUGUGUUCAUGCCAGAGAUUACUUCGACAUGAAUAUUAUUCACUCAAGCGGCCAACAGUUGGAUUGCAGGAUCGAGCUCAUCAUUCGUGACGACUGUCCUGGUCGAGGAAACGGUGGCGAUGUUCUCGUCUGCGAAGUAUCUGAUACAGGUCGCUGGUUACUGUUUCCACCUCUCAGCAGGGACUCUGUUUCUGCAAGAGCUGGCAGCGGGCCAGGAGACGUAGUCAUGAUGAUACGGGGCCUAUACGCCGAUAAAAAAGAGUGGCAUGAGCUUUUGUCAUUACGUGCCAGUGACGAACCCACUGGGCCUGAAUGGGUAGAGAUGCUUGGACUCAGUCCUGUUCCUCCAUCUUUGGCAAGGCAAUCCAGCUUUCUCACCAAAUCUCAAACUCCGUCCCGCCGUCGGUCGCAAGGACUCACAUCACCUACUGUUAGUCCUACAUCCCGAGGUGAAUGGACAAAAGAGAUACAGAUUCCGAUUGGAGAAAGACCUGGCUCGUCCAGGAGCUGGAUUUCGGACCACAGUGGGCAAGAAAAACUCGUAGCCACUCCUGAGAGUGCCAGACUGUCCAGCCAUUCCAUACCGACUAACAACUUAGAGCGGAUACCUAUUCCUUCAAGAACAAGAGAGACCCAGGAUGGCUUCGCUCUACAUGAUCCACCAUCACGACAGUUCGUGUCUUCUCUCGACAAGAUGUCGCAGACGGAAAUGCCUACANNGGGGGAUUCACCAGGUCUACGACGAGCAAGGGCAACGCGUCAUAAAUCAUCGCCACCUAUGUCGCCUAGCUCAUCUCGUUCCUCGUUACAGUUCCCUCAAAACAAGGAACCGAGAGCAUAUCCAGAACGUCCUACACACCACAUGUCAAGGUCGGAGACCGGAACCACUUUGAGUUCUUACUCAAGUCAGUCCACUCUGUCCCAGUCAAGGAAAGAGUAUAGUGUUUGGAUGCCAUCGUCUACGAUUCCAUCCGAUGAAUCUGAGGAAGAGAAGGAAGAAGAUAGCUACAGAGAAUCGACAACUGCAGCUCGCUCACAACUCCACCGUAGAACAUCAUCAGUACCGGUGGUCGAGCCCCCUCGUGCCUCCAAGCUGCGACAAAGAAGCGAGCCAAAUUCACCCAUUCAGCCCGUGGAGAUUUUCGACCACCCGGACCGCACUCGACAUGAGGAAGUAGUAGAACCAUCAUCAGCACCUGUCAAGCUACAGAAACGUCGGCCUAGUGUGAAGGGUGUCAGCUUUGAUGACAUACUCGGGGACGCUUCUAGCAAAGACAAGGACUUGCCCCCUGCAAAGCCAAAACGAUUCAGCAUCCCGUCCUUCACCCCGAACUUNUUGAAGAGGCAUCGUAGGUCAUCAUCACCUCUUAAACACGAAUACGAACCGUCGAUCAUAAGUGAAUCUUCAACAGAGAGUGAUCUGUCCUAUUCUGAGGGCGACGAUGAAUCGAUUACGUCCGACUCGUCUGAAGAAGCUGUAGAGGGAGCNAAAAGCGCUGUGCCGCUCGAUUCGCCUCUGGUUGAUGGACAUGCAAAAGUCACUCCCCCAGCUUCGCUUGCUUCCCUGCCUACUGCCACACUAGGCCCAUCAAACUCGGCCUCUCAAGCUCCAUAUCGGGCAGUUCCUCAUCAAGCGACAAACGCUUCGAAGAUCGUCGCCUCGAUCUAUUCAUGGUCUGAUCGAGGCGCAUGGGAGCUCCUACACCCAAGCGAAUGUAUUGUUGUUGUCACACCUGGCCUGAUUGAAGCUUUCGAUCUGGAUGAAGCCAUUCCGGAUGGCAGUGAUGUGACAAGUCCUUCUGCUAGAGGCGUACAGCCUCUGAUAGCGUUCGAAGUCACUCCCCUGGUUCCUUUGCGACGGGGCACAGCGCUUGAUAUCUCCAUAAGAUCACCNCCCACGGCCAGUUCCUUGAUUCGUGCCAGUAACAACGUCAUGUUCCGCUCUCGUAGCGCUGAAGAGUGCGACAUGCUAUAUUCAUUUAUCAACACUGCUCGAAUCAACAACCCUACAUACAUUGCGCUCCAAAAUGCCAGAGGUCCAGUCAACGAGAGUGCGUGGGCCAUGAAUCGAGACAAUAACCAAAGGACUUCGAACGGUUCGUGGUUCCACAACCCACUCCGCAGGAGCAAUACGUAUCGAUCAAAGACCUCCCGAGCACCCUCCGAGGUGACUGAUUCUUCUGUCGGUACAAUGAACACAGCCUUCUCUGCUCUCCGCCGAUUCAAUGGCAACAGCCGACUCUUCAACAUUGCUAAGAGCACUAUCACAUCUCGUCAAGGAAGUCGGACUGGCACAAGCGAGUCACUUUCCUCUGGAGCGUCAACGCCGAUUACCUAUGACCCGUCGCAAGGAACGCCGCUUGGUAUCACAAAUGCCAAAAUCCGGUUAUACAUACGUGAGUCACAGAACAAGUGGAGAGACAUGGGGUCGGCGCGGCUGUCAAUACUGCUUCCUCCACGGCCAUCUUCCGGAGUUCCACCAAGCCCUCGGUCGAUUGGUCUGGAGAAACGUAUCCUAGUCAGUGGUAAAACUAGAGGCGAAACACUGUUGGACGUUACACUAGGCGAGAGUUGCUUCGAGAGAGUCGCCAGGACAGGCAUCGCAGUCAGUGUCUGGGAAGAUAGAACCGGUCCGGUCACCUCAGGCGGCGUUCUUGCUUCGAAAGCAAGUACUUAUAUGAUUCAGCACAAAACUGUGAGUUAUGCUUUGUUUGUUUAUGGUUCGAAGAUCCAAAUACUGACCAUGACCAGNGAACGCGAAUGUGCAUACACUUUUGGCCUUGUUGGUAAACUAAGAUAUUGA